CGCAGCAAGCACAAGCAGUCGAGAAGGCCUGGUUCACCGCUCCCGCCUCGCACGCCCACCCGUUCUUAGGCUGCGCCAGACGGCUGAAAGUCAUUUGAAUUCCCACGCUCGCGGCGCAACGUUUCCCCGCCCCCGGAGGGUCAGUUUUGAGUCCAUCCUAGGACGUCACCGGUGAAGAGCGCGGACAAGCGCGGCCCGCGGCCGCGAAGAAGACCACCGCGCCUCAAUUCCUCCUCUCCGCCGGCGUGCCUGUCCGCUCGCCGGUCGUCUAGCGAAGAGAUGGCCCUCAGCGCGCUCAGCCGCGAGGCGAGUGCGUCGACGGCCUCGGCCUCGUCCGCGGACGACGCCGGCGCCGCGCCACGACGAUCGAGCCGCCGCGACGCCGACGACGCGGACGCGCCGCGGCUACCCCUAAGGCGGCGGCAGACGACGCAGCCGGAGCCGCGCGGCGCGCGGGCCUGGCUCGCGGCGGCCGGCGACCACCCCGUCCUCGCGGCCGUCGGCGCCGUGCUCACGGUCAUGCUGCCGACGCGCGUCGCCUCGACGCUCCACUCCUACGCGUCGCACUACAACCUGGUCGAGGACGCGCCGCGGCCGCCGCUCACGCGGAGCAGCGGCACGCCGGGCGAAGACUUCGGUUUUUUUGUGGCCAUCACGCCGCUGUCGCGCGCGGGCGGCGACGCGCCCUUCGCCGGCGACCGGGCCUUCAAGAGCUUCGCGGGCGGGACGCCGCCGCUCGUCGGCUACAAGCCGAACCCCCUGAUCGCCCGCAAACCUCCGGGCAUCCCCGAGCUCCCGCCGCCGCCGCCGUCGUCGUGAUUGUCUAAAAUACCACUGUAC